UUACUCCAUCUAGCCAGACUGGUUUGAAUCAGCCACACCCCCUUCUGAGCUUCUGGGGCUCUUCGGAUGGUGGCUGGCCACCCAACCCCACCCCUGGGCUUGGCUUGGAGCCCUGAGUCAGCUCCAUCUCCACCCAAGCCAAAUCAAACCUGAGGCAGGAGCCGAAAACUCACAGUUCCUCAAGGCCUAUAGCCAGGUGAUGGAGGACGAGGAGAAGGCAGUGGAGAGCUUGGUGAGCAACACGGAAGCUGCUUGUUCUCCAUCCCCCAUUCGCUGCUGCUCGCUCCGCCUCCGCUACUUGGCAGCUACUAGCAUUAUAUGUGGCUGCUCUUGCCUGGGAGUCGUGGCCCUUGUGUUUGCCAUCAAGGCGGAAGAGCGGCAUAAGGCAGGCCGGUUGGAGGAGGCAGUGCACUGGGGGUCCCGGGCCCGGAGGUUCAUCCUGGCCAGCUUUGCCGUCUGGCUUGCUGUCCUUGUUCUGGGCCCGCUGCUUCUAUGGCUGCUCUCCUACGCCAUCGCCCAGGCUGAGUGACCCUGGCUGGCCUUUGCUGAGAGUCAGCCGAGACAUCCUGGAUCCUGCAAUGCGGCAUUGCUAGGGUCUGGUGCCAACAAUGGUACUUCCUGGCUGGAAGGAUGGUGCCUCUCUCAAAGGGCUUUGGAAGAGAGAGGCAGCAGCUGAGACUGAUGAGGGGAGGUCAGCCUGCUCUGUUCUUUCAGUGCCCACCAUCCCCUAUUCCCCCCAAUCUCCUCCAUCCUAGGGGCCUCUAGGAGGUGGGGUUGAAGCCCAGGCCUGAUUUUAUUAGUAUUUGUUUUGUAAUAAAAAUCUUUUUUAGUGG